AUGCCGAGGGGAGCAGUCGGCCCGCUCUGCCGCACCGCCGUGCCUGGGGGCCGCACCCGCGGCGCCGCGCUGGUGGGCGGCCUCGCCUGGUCGGCGCGCGUCCGUGCUAGGGGGCCGCCGGACCGCGGCCUCGCCUGGCCGCCGCGGUGGGGGCCUACCCUAGCCGCCGCCGUGAGAGCUGAGGGAGAGGGAAGAGGCGCGGAUGCGGAUGCGGACGCGAGAGGGAGCGGUGGAAGGAUUGGGAAGGCAGAAUCGGAAGCCGGCGUAUAUAUCUGA